UAUAAUUAAUUACAGAGAGUUAAUUAUUAUACUAGUCUCUGGAAGGUUGGCGAACUUGCAGGCAGAAGAGCUCGUUGAUUAUUUAAGCGUGUCAAAGGAUGUAUAGUUCUAUGUUUCUCAUGAACAUAGCAAUAUAUAUCUAUGGUAUUUCUUUAGUUGUCAAGUUAAAGGAGAGGAAAAAUGGCGGAUGAAAAUGAGGAUCAAUGGUUGUAUGGAGAUUCGACUGACGGAAAAGAAUACACACCAACGUCUGCUCAACCAGAAAGCCAAGAAAAUGAUUCGCUCCCUGCUACGAUACAAGAAAAGUCAGAACUCUUGGAAGAUCAAAAAACAGAAAAUGUUCCUGAUGCACCAACAGAGACGCCUGAAGAAACAGAACCACAGGAGGAAGAGUCUUCUCGAGCCGAUAACGUUCAGAACGAAAACAAUACAGAAGUGAACAAAAAUGGUGUAAGAGAAGUUUCCAGUCAAGAAGAUGGUGAAGCCGCUAGUGAUUCGGAUUCCGAUGACGACGUACACGUUGUCAUAGGUGACAUUAAAUCGACCCCGGCAUAUGGUAGCCUCAAUAUCAAAAGAGGAGGAUUACUCACAAAUGCAUCGGGAGUACCAGAUAAAUUGAAUAAGCAACCUGGAAAAUUUAGUAUAGAUGAAUUUGAAACUAUAGGCGUUAUCAAUGGAAUGCCUGCUCAUGAGUUUAAUUUAGAUCAAUUAGAAGACAAACCUUGGAGGCAACCUGGUGCAGACAUUACUGAUUACUUUAAUUAUGGCUUUAAUGAAGAAACAUGGAGAGCUUAUUGCGAAAGACAAAAGAGAAUGAGAAGUGAGUCUGGAGUAGGCUUAAUAUUGAAUGCAGGAGGAGGCGGUGGUAAUGCAGGCAGCAUGAGGGUACCUCAAGUUGCAAUUACUAAUGAUAACAGUAAAUAUUCUGGUAUAAUGGGGCCAAAAAGAGCAGGUCCGCCUCCAGGAAGAAAAAUGGCAGGGACAAUAGAUGUAAUUGGUAGUUCAGGUUUGGCUUCCAGAAGAAAUCUUGAUAAAUCUCCGCCAAAAGGAAAUGUGAUACAAGUAAUGACUGCAGAUAGGAGAGAGUACUCUAGGAAGCCAGGUUAUCCUGAUAUGAGUGUGCCACCUCCAGGAGCAGGAAUGCCUCCUGCAUUUGAUAUACCUCCUCCUGGAUACCCUGGAGAGCCAGCUCCUUUUUAUAUCCCAGAAACAGAUCCAUAUUAUCAAAGCUAUGAGCCUACACAAGAUAAUCAAUGGGGCAAUGAUCCGACAUGGCAACCGACAAAUUUAGCUAUUCCAAUGACAGAGGGAGAAGAUGAUAAAGAUACUGGCCCAAAAACGAUACCAACUAUGGUUCCUCCUACAAAUAUUCCUCCUAUAAUGCCACCUAGAGAUUCUCGAGAUCGUGAAAGAGAUCGAGAACGAGAAAGAGAUCGCGACAGAGAACUAGAUUCGAUGGGACGGGACAGAGAAAGAGAUAAGGAUAGAGAUCGCGAUCGUGAACGUGAAAAGGAUUCUAUGAUUAGAGAACGAGACAGAGAAAGAGACUCGAUGUCGCGAGAUGAAGAAAGAGAUCGUGACAGAUCUCGAUCUCAGUAUCGACACAAAGACCGACAUCGACAUCGAUCCAGAUCGCGAUCUCGUAGACACAAAUCGAGGUCCAGAAGCCCAAGUCGGCGUAAGAAGAAAUCUAGACGCUCUGAAAGAGAACGUUCCAAAGAAGAGAGCGAAUAAAAAUACGAAAAUAUGUAUUUACAAAUAUCCGUGAUCACAUUGGUGAAUCACAUUGCUGAAUUUAAGAUGUCGAUUCAUUUAAUAAUGUAAUUUUUCAUACGUUACUUUCAAGAAUAUAUGUUGGUACAAUUGUCGCAUGAACUUUUAAGAGACAGCGACAAAUCGUUUGAUCAAGAUUUGUAUGACAUUCUCCGCGAUCCUAGCCAACGAAUAAGUUAUAGAUAGUACCAAUAAACUUUAUCUUUAACGAUACGAAAUGUUCAUUACAAUCCUCAUAUUUAAUGCGUAUUGUAUACGUGUUACACUAUUUACAAUAAAUUUGUGGUUGGUAGAUCUACAAGGAAACAGGCACGGGACACCAAAACUACUAAGAUUUGCCAUUCAAUGUAUGGUUUUAUAUCAUAAUGUUAUUACAGAAAUGGUAUUUUAUAAUAAUUAAAAGUAAUAGUAGUUUAUUGGUAAAUCACUCGGGAGUGAAUUGAUCGAUACUCAUACCGACUACAUAGUCGGACUCGUACCGAUCGAUGCGUACACGCGCGAGUUCUUUUUUCUCUUUUUGUAAAUUCAAUUAUACCACAUUUUUUUGCAUCAAAUCUUUCCAUUUUUCAUUAUCAUUAAUAUCAUCAUACAUAAUGGAAAAAAAUGUUACAUUUGUACAGCCAUCAUAUACACGUUACAUUUAGAAUACCGUUAAUUCUUUAUUUUUUUCGAGUGUGUAAGUGUGUAAAGGUGUGGUGUAUACCUGAUGCAUUAGGUACGUCUACUAAUGAGUAAAAUGCUAAUCAAGACAAACUACCAGUACGGCUACCUACGUUUUAAUUUCAAUUUUCUUAUUUUCGAAUAGUUAUUUUGGAAUUUUAAGCGCGCUUUCGAAAUUCAAAGUGAUCCACUGAAUUAUUUGUGAAUCUAUCAAUAAAAAUUUAAGAAAAGUAACAAGUGUUCACUAGAAGCGAGAACGUAGAUCGCCCUACACGUAAAUUGUCUCGAAUCAUCGGUGUAGGAGAUGACAAUAAAUAAUAUUUAAGGUAGGUAUUUCUUGUAUACAAAAAAAAAUGAAAAAUAAGACAAAACUCAAGCAACAGAAAGCAUAUAUAUAAUUAUCAUACUAAUUAAUUAAUGCAUCUACUAGUUAUAAGGUUUACAAUACGAACAAAUACCAUUUAAAAAAUAUACUAAAGAAUAUUUAACUCGACUAAGUAAACGCUUGUAGUUUUAUUUAGUGCGACAAUUUUAAUGGAGAGCACUUACGGUUGUAAAAAUGCAAUUGCAUUGACACGCUUUGUCCUUACUUUUUACUUUUAAUAUUUUGUUUUAAUAAACAAAAAAAAAUACAGCAUUUAAUACAAAACGAUGUACAAAAUAAAGAAAAGAGAAUAAAGAAAAAAAUAAACGCAUAAGCAAAAAGCAUGAACACUAACGACGAAAUAAGUUGGAAUAACGUUUGAUUCGAAGUAACCGGAAAUGCACUGGAUCCAAAGAGCAAAGCUUGCGCGACGAGAAAAUCUAAAAGAGCGCGAGAACACUGAAUCGAUUGAAUGAACAGGAAAAUGUGAAAAUUUUUCUUCGUUUCGUGUUGUUUUCCUUUUUUCCUUUUUUUUUCGUUUUAUUGUAAUAAGUUAUCACGACAUCCUCCUUUCACAUUAUAUUCAGAUUCGAAAAUCCUUUUUAUUUAACGUUCUAGAAAAUAUGAAAUACAAUCGACAAAGACGCUAAUUAGUAUAUAAUAAUACCGUAACGAUGUGUAUCGUUCUUGGAAAUAGUUUUACAAUACAUAUAUAUCGGCGGAAACGCUUUGCAUAUUAUUGGUUUGACAGAACGUCUAACGUAAAGCCGCAAAACAGAACUCUUUGGACCUGGGCAAUGUUAAGGAACCGCUACCACCACGAGUCAAAACGAAUUCAUAUAUUCCAAUUAAAGAAUCGAUCAACAGAAAAACAAGAAUGCGAUAAUUGAUGAACGAACGAACACGGUAUGUCGUUAAACAAGAAAGGAACAAGUAAUCGUGGGAAGAACAAAACUUAUUGCAUGAAACCAUUCGUCUUCUGGCUUUCAUGUGCUCGUAAAAAGUGAUCUCGCGUGCGUUAUUUCUCGCGUACUCUUUAUUCUCGAAAAAUUCCGGUACGUCGAUUCUACCAUCGACGCGUGACUAUUUAAAAAAAUCUACGCUCUUUUUUUUUACCGAGGAGUGAGUGUAUAUUACUUAUUUCUUAUUAUUUCUUUCUUCUUUUUCUUUUUAAACGUUUUUCUUUCGAGGUGGCGGUUUGUAGUGGCUCUCUUUCGUCGCUAGUGCAUUUUUUAUAAACCGUUUUUUUUGACAUGCUCUCUUUCGUUAGUUUUUUCCUUUUUUAGUUUUUACUUAAAUGGUACAAUGACGUAUUUUUUAUCAUUUUUUUUUUGUCUCUUUAAUCUA